CUUUUUUACCCCAAUCACAAGGUCUAAUUAAGAACAUCCCUUUCAGUUCGUGUGGACGAAUAGAGAGCGCUGUUCAUCCCCACUCCUCACACCACACCUCCCUCCAGCAAUCGGCUGUCGGUGUAAGAUUGGGCAUUCAGUGUGUGACCAGCUGUCCUCUAGUUCACUGACGUUCCUGUCAAUCUGCGAUGGAAUCGUACAAAAUGGUUAUUGUUGAAGUUGAGGAAGAUCCCCGUACUCCUUCACCAGUGAAGGCUAUAUGCGAUGAAGAUAAGCCACGGCCGAGGCGAAAUCGAUCUGGGACAGCUCACCGCGGCAAGAUACCACUUCCAUUUCUAUAAAGCCUAUCUUCGCCAACUAUGGCUGAGGAGACAGGCAGAUGCUCCAAGACUUACAGGUGCGUUUGAAGAAACGCCUCUGAUAAGACAUCCUGGAGGGUCUCUUAGGGACCGGAUGCGGCCUAAAAGAUUAUUCUCAGAGUGCAACAAAGAAUGUGAAGGAUUCCAAUGUAACCCUUGUGGUUUGGUCUUCGCAAAUGCCGAUGCUCUUUCGACCCACUUGGACUUCCACACAAGAAGUGAACUUCUAUACCUUCGGCAAUGUGUUGGAGUCCUUCAUAUUUUUAACCGAGCUCUGAUCAACAAAGAGAAACAGGAUGACAGAAUCCGCGCAGGAGUGAGUUCGUUAACACAGUAACCUGAGCGCGAUUGAAUGAAAAUUGAACUUCUAUAAAGAUGUGCUCUGCUAUUGAUCCCAGCAUUGCUACAGUUGAGAGAACAAAGGAAAUUCCAAAGUUCAACUUACGUUUAAAUUAGAAGCUAUUUACCAAGCCUAUUGGAACAAUAUAAAUUCUGUGAAAAGUAAUUUCAAACCAUUUUUCUUUUUAAAAAAAUGAGUUCUGUUGAUGCUGAACACAUAAUUGAUUGUCAUAAUAUUGAAAAUACUAAUUUGAAGAUGUUUAUUAUAUUCAGACUUAAAAUAAAUUCUGUUAGCAAAAAGAAAUUCUCCUAUAGAUCUAUUUUUAGAAGUAAAUCUGUUAAUGUAUAUGUGCAACAUUUAUAAACAUCAUUUCCUUUGUAUAUAAAUAAACAUUG